AUUCAGUCUCUUCUUUUUCCAUUGCAUUGACCAAUGUUGAGCAGCGGUGCGCUUCUGCUUCGUUCUCGCGGCGCAGCAGCCGCUCGCGUGCUCACCCAGGCCACGUCCCCGUCGACGCCCGCUCAGCAGCUCCAGACUGUGUCAUCAUCACACGCAUCAGCAGCAGCGGCGGCAGUGCUUGCCCUGCGCAUGUCAGCACUGCACUUCUCGUCGUCCAGUAAUCGCGCCGCCAAGGACCAACAGGCGCCAACAGAGGCGUCGGCCACCGGCAGCAGCAGCGCGGUCAAAGCGCAGGUGCCUGGUCGCCGACGAUUGCCGCAGCUCCGCUACGAGCAACCGCGCCCAAAAGACACCAAGCGCGGCCAGCGCACCGCCCACAGGUACCUGUGGGACAAGGCCCUGGGAGAGCCCACAUGGAAGGAAGGCAUGCUUUCGCAUCUUGCGCGCGUCCCGCCGUCCGUGCGCGCCGCUGAACGGCAAGCAUAUGAGACAGCCAGCGGUGCUCCUCCGACACCCAAGGCCACGCCACAGUCGGGCCAACCUGCCAAGCCCGAGCUGACCGACGAGCAGCGCCAGCACGAGCGAUACAUGAACGUUUUCCGUCCACGAAUUGAGCCUCCGGCACCCGUUGCUCGUAAACCGCGUCAGUUCAAUGGCAUUCUGCGCUCGAUCGCAAUGGGCUACCGCAAAGUCAACCUCGUUGCUCGCCUGAUUAGCAAUCUGCCAUUGGCGGAUGCCAUCCUUCAGCUUCAAUUCAGCCCAAAGCGCGCCGCAAAGCUCCUCUUGCCCAAGAUUCGGGAAGUUGCCGUCCGCGCAGCCUUGCAGAACGUUCGGAUUGAGAACUUGUUUGUCUCGCGCUCGAUAGUCGGCAGGGCCACCCCACUGAAGCGAGUCAUUCCACAUGCUCGAGGCCGCGCCGGCUCCGCUCGCAAAUACCGCAGCCAUUACAUGUUCACUCUUGAGGUUGGGUCACCUCGCCCACCAAGGCGACAAACCAUUUUCGAGCGUCGUAUCUACCGGACCUCGCGUGUCCACUUUGCCCCCGCCAAGAAGAUUGUUUCUGGCCUUUCGAGUUAAUUGAAAACAAACAAAAAAAAACAAUCCUGGACUGUCGCGCGGUUUCGGGGGGUUUUGUUUGUUUUGCUACCAGAGAUUUCUUGGUGGUGUUGUUCGAUUGGUGAUUUCUUUUUCUCACCUUUGCACAUUCGAUCGUGGCAGGCAAUGGAAGCCUUUGUCAUCAAAAGAAAUGUUCAUAUUGACUA